GACGUGUUUGUAUACACCAGUCAAACUUUUUGUAUUGUGAAUCAAACUUCUGAAGGUUAAGAACAACCUAACCUAAAUUUUGCGUAAUAAUAAUAAAUGUAAUUAGAUGUUAUGUAAAAAUUAAUCAACUAGGCAUGUCUUCUAGCUUAAUACUCGCAGGACUCGGAUUAGCAGCAGUAGGAUUCAUUGGUCGGCAAGUUAUGAGACAAAUGCCCAAUGUAACAAAAACAUUCAACGAAGCUAUGAAAACGUUACCCAAAUUCGAUGCCUCUUCUAAGUAUUAUAAGGGUGGGUUUGAUCCGAAAAUGAAUAGGAGAGAAGCCGCUUUAAUAUUAGGUGUAAGUCCAACGGCGAACAAGGCGAAAAUUCGAGACGCUUUUAAAAAAGUGAUGGCAGUUAAUCAUCCGGAUCGUGGAGGAUCACCGUACAUUGCGUCAAAAAUUAACGAAGCAAAGGAUUUUUUAGAAAAGCAUUCUUAAUGAAAAAUUGUAAAUUACACAUUAUUAAAAUAAAUAAUUCUUAAAAACAA